AUGAAAGCGGUAAAUUACACUGAGGUUUCUGAAUUUGUGUUCCUGGGACUGUCUGCUUCCAGUCCUGCGCAGCAUUUCUUCCUUGCCUUCUCCACUGUGUCUUACGUUGUAAUCAUUCUGGGGAAUCUCCUGGUUGUGUCUGCAGUGAUACUUGAGCCUCAUUUACAUUCUCCCAUGUACUUCCUCUUAGGAAACCUCUCAUUUAUUGAUUUAUGUCUUUCAACAUUAACAGUUCCUAAGAUGCUUUCUGACCUUUCCUUUGGGAACAAUACCAUUUCAUUCCAGGGAUGUGUCACACAGAUAUUUGCCCUGCAUGUUCUGGGUGGGUCUGAGAUGGUGCUACUCAUAGCCAUGGCCCUGGACAGAUAUGUGGCCAUAUGCAAACCCCUCCACUACCUGAGCAUCAUGAACCCACGGAUGUGCACUAUGCUUCUGUCUGGAGCUUGGGUUAUUGGUCUCCUUCACUCAGUGGCCCAGUUAGCUUUUGUUGUCCAUUUACCAUUUUGUGGUCCCAAUGUGAUUGAUAGUUUUUACUGUGACCUUCCUCAGUUUAUCAGACUUGCUUGUGCAGACACAGAUAGAAUGGAGUUCAUGGUAACUGCCAAUAGUGGGUUCAUUUCCACUGGCACCUUCUUCUUACUGAUUAUCUCCUAUAUUUCCAUCCUGGUCACUGUGUGGAAACGCUCCUCAGGUGGUUUGUCCAAGGCCCUCUCAACACUUUCAGCUCACAUCAUUGUGGUAAUUCUGUUCUUUGGACCUUGCAUCUUUGUCUACAUGCGGCCAUUUCCUACAGUGUCGGUGGAUAAGUUUCUUGCCAUAUUGGACUUUAUGAUUACACCUAUCCUGAAUCCUGCCAUAUACACACUGAGGAAUAAAGACAUGAAGAUGGCAAUGAAGAGACUGAGCAAUCAAGUAUUAAGUCUGAGAAGAAUCUCCUAA